CUGAUUUGCACUCAAAAGACAUCCAAACGGUGCACAGCCAAAAUGAGCAAAUAUAAUCAGAAACAGAGAAAGUUUUGAGCAACCCGGAACGUAUAACAUCAUCAGCACAAUCUCAUUAGCAGUUCUUGGUUCUGUUUCCACAGUCCAGAUCCCUGAGUUUUUAAGCUCUUGAAUGGCUGCAGUUACUUCAUUUUCUCCACACUCUUCCUCUUCCUCUGCUCUGCAUCCAAGUUUCAAUUCUUCUACGGUCAGUUUGUAUUCAAAUUCCACCACUGAAAUUGAUGCCUAUGGAGUGAGAAGAGUUAGAUUUUCCGGCAAUCGGCGAUCUCAGAUCUCCACUCCUUCAGGGUUGAGAAUCCGCGGGGCAGCUACCAAACCUGCAAAAUCACCAGCUGAAGAAGACUGGAAGACUAAGCGAGAGUAUCUGCUGCAGAAAAAGGUAAGGAGCGUGGAGGUGAAGGAAGCCUUGCGCCUUCAGAAAGAAAAUAACUUUUUGAUUCUUGAUGUUAGACCAGAAGCAGAAUUCAAAGAGGGUCAUCCACCAGGAGCCAUUAACAUCCAAAUAUAUAGACUUAUAAAGGAAUGGACUGCAUGGGACAUAGCCAGACGGGCUGCAUUUGCAUUUUUUGGCAUCUUUUCUGGAACAGAAGAAAACCCAGAGUUCCUAAAAAGUGUGGAAUCGCAAAUAGAUAAGACCUCGAAGAUAAUAGUGGCAUGUUCAUCUGGAGGAACGAUGAGACCAUCACAAAAUCUUCCAGAAGGCCAGCAGUCCAGGUCACUGAUAGCAGCUUACUUGCUAGUCCUUAAUGGUUACACCAAUGUCUACCACUUGGAAGGAGGGCUUUAUACCUGGUUCAAGGAAGGAUUACCUGCAGUUUCUGAAGAAUAAUAGCAUAUGUAGUGCUUCUACAUCAACUCUGUUUCAAUAUCAUGAUGCACUUGGUUAACAUCCUAGAGGGAAGUUAUUUGUGUAAAAAAAUGAGGGUUAAUAAUUUUUGGAGGCUUCUAGCACUUGUGGAGUGCAAUUUCAUGUAUUUCAAGCUCUCACAUUAGUUUAAUUCAAUAUCAUCCAGCACUGCUUAAUGUAUAAUGAGAAGAAGAA